AUGGGCGGCGCGCGCGUCGUCCUCGCGUGCCGCGACGCCGCGGCCGGCGACGCCGCCGCGCGCGCGAUGACGGCGGAGGUCGAGGCGUCGCGCGACGUCGCGCUGGAAGGCGAGGAGGCGACGCCGCCGGACGUGCGCACGGAGGUGCUCGACCUCGCGUCGUUCGCGUCGACGCGCGCGUUCGCCGCGCGGCUCGUGACGCGAAAGAUUUCCGUCCACGUCCUGAUACACAACGCCGGGAUCAUGCCGUCGCCGUUCGCGCUCACGGAGAACGGCCACGAGCGCGCGUUCCACGUGAACGCGCUCGGGCCGUUUCUUCUGACGCGGCUGCUCCUUCGCUCGACGCUCCGCUUCGCGCGCGGGACGACGCGCACGGAUCCGUGCCGCGUCGUCUUCGUCACGAGCGCGGUACAUCGCUUCAGUUACCCCGAGCGCGUGCGGUUCGAACGUCUCAGCGGCGACGCCGCGCGCGUGAAGUACGACCCGGUCAAGUCCUACGCGCAGUCCAAGCUGUGCCAAAUAGUACUCGCGCGCGAGUUCCACGCUCGCUACCGCGCGUCUCGGCGCGCGCGCGAUGCGCACGUCGCCUUCUUCGCCGUGCACCCGGGCGCGGUCAUCACGGAGGGAAGUGAGAGGGCGCGGACUUUUGCCGUCGUCUCUCUCCGCCCACCCCUCGCUGGUUUCAAUCCCCGCCCUCGACGCCUUUCAACUCCGCUUCUGACGCCUAUGAACUCCACCCCGAAGACCGCGGCGGCGGGGGCGGCGACGACGGCGUAUUGCGCGACGUCGAGACGCGCCGCCGGGAGCGGGUACUACGUGAACUGUAACCUCGCGAUUCCUGGCGCGGCGGCGAUGGACGAGAGGUUGCAGAGGAAGGUGUGGGACCUCGCGACGCGUUUGUGCGAGCGCGAGGAGGAGGAGGAGGAGGAGGAGGCGAUGACCGCGUGA